CUAGGAAGUGAUCCAAGACUUUCAGGCCUCCGUCCUGCAGGUGUCAGACUCUCCGUAUGAUGAACAGGUGGCUGCACAGAUGCCGACUGUUCACUAUGAGAUGCCCAAUGGGUACAAUACAGAUUAUGGAGCUGAAAGACUAAGGAUCCCGGAGGGACUUUUUGACCCAUCCAAUGUAAAGGGCCUCUCUGGUAACACAAUGCUGGGGGUGGGGCACGUAGUUACUAGCAGCAUCGGGAUGUGCGACAUAGAUAUACGUCCGGGGCUGUACGGCAGUGUGAUUGUCACCGGGGGCAACACCUUGCUGCAGGGCUUUAACGACAGACUAAAUCGGGAGCUGUCCCAGAAGACACCGCCGAGUAUGCGCCUCAAACUCAUUGCCAGUAACAGCUCCAUCGAGCGGCGCUUCAGCUCCUGGAUUGGAGGCUCCAUCCUGGCCUCUCUGGGAACGUUCCAGCAAAUGUGGAUCUCCAAACAGGAAUACGAGGAGGGGGGGAAGCAAUGUGUCGAGAGAAAGUGCCCCUGAUAGUUACUGUCAGACAUCCUGAUACCCCGGGGGAACUAUUCAGCAAUAGCACAUGAUCAUCCCAAGGAUAUGAUAUACCCCAGCUCUUGCCUUUGUACCCCCCCUCCCUCUGCUAUUGCCCCCUGCCCAUAAUGCCCCAGCCAACUAGGGAUCAGCCCCAUGUACAGUCAAAUGCAUUAUAUCCCCCAACAGCCAAUGACGGUCUCAUCCCUCCUACAGUUCUACUGUGCGACCCGAUACCUUCUUCUGCUUAUUCCCCGUCAGAACAUUGUCACAUGACCUUAAUUCUAACCAAUCCCUCCACUUCCUGCUUGUUCCACCAUGACAAUGCUGUAGCAUGAUGCGUUAUCCCACAAUGCACCUUGUAUUCAUGUAUCUGACCUGAUCCUGCCAAACAGAAGCAGAUUGGGGUCAGCCAGUCCCAUCCAGAACCAUCCAGAACCAUCCAGAACCAUCCAGAACCAUCCAGAACCAUCCAGAACCAUCGACCUGAAUGAUUAAUAUCCCCUGCUAUGUGCCCAGUCCCUCAACCCAAGGUGAGAAAAUGGGCCUUUCAUUAAAGUGAUAAAAUCA